AUGGCGUCGACACGAACGAGACCCAUCGAGAAGUUCGCAAAGGCCACCUCGAAAUGCUCGACCGAGGCGGCUGCAUAUGGCAACUGCAUCGUUGCUGACUACAAAUCGGUGCAUAAGGACAUGUGCGCGAAAGAGUUUAUGAAGCUGAAAGACUGUUUCCUGGCUGCGGCGAAGAAAGGUUAA